AUGGGGGGAAAAGAGGCGUUUUUUCUCUCGGUGGGUCGGUGCCUCUUCGACCAGCGCUGGUUGACAGUGCGAGCCCGGUACCUCGGAAAAGGAGGGUUUUUAUGGGAUGUCCGGCAUUGGUGUAGGACAGGGAUCGAUGCCUCUCUCCGCGAUAAUCUUAUGGCCAGAGCCCUGUACGACAACGUCCCCGAGUGUGCAGAGGAGUUGGCCUUCCGCAAAGGAGACAUUUUGACAGUGAUAGAACAGAACACUGAAGGUCUGGAAGGAUGGUGGCUCUGCUCCCUGCACGGCCGGCAGGGCAUCGUUCCAGGCAACCGCGUCAAACUCCUGAUAGGUCCAGUGGUACAGGACAAUCCUCCCGGCCAGGAUAUAUCCAGUUCAGGAUUGAUGCCUCAGUCCUUCAACCAACAAAAGAUCUACCAAGUGCCAAGCUCACACGCCUCAGCACGGGAUCCUGUCUACCAAGUGCCUCCUUCCCAUGUGAAUCAGGGAAUUUACCAAAUACCCACUGGUCAUGGAGUUGUGGGACAAGAUAUUUACCAGGUGCCACCCUCCAUGCAGCGACCUAUUGAUGGCCCAGGUCUGACUAACAAGGUAAUAAUUCCAGUCAGGUCAGGACAAGGUUAUGUUUAUGAAUUCCCUUCCAAUUACCAGAAGGAUACCUACGACAUCCCCCCUGUUCGCCCGCUCCAAGGGAUAUAUGACAUCCCCCCCACAUCGGUUAAGGUUCCUGCACUUCCAGUUCCCAUGGGAGAAGCAAAAACUUUAGGAAUCUAUGACAUACCACCUGCCAAAGGCGUCUAUGCAACACCUCCAUCUGCAUGCCGAGAUGAUACAGGCCUGAGGGAAAAUUUGCAGGAGUUUUCAUCUUCAGUGGCACACAGUGUACACAGUGUAAGACCAGAAGGAGUAUAUGAUAUUCCUCCUCCCAUCACUAAAGCAACUGGGAAAGAACUCCAUAAAUUUUCUCCUGAGAGCCGUUUAUUGCCAGAUGGAGUGCCACAGAAACAGUGCGUUUAUGACAUCCCUCUGAACCAUCAAAACCAUUUUCUUGGACAGCAAAUUGCACCUCAAAAAGAUGUUUAUGAUACCCCAAGGGGAGUUUCAUUCCCAGGACAACAGACAGGACUCAGUGAAAGUCUCAUCUCAGAAGGGAGAGAAGGUGUAUAUGACGUGCCACCACCAGUCCUCCAAGACACUAAAGGCUUACAGGAUGUGACUGAUGGGAUAAACAGGUUGUCCUUCUCCAGCACAGGAAGCACAAGGAGUAACAUGUCCACGUCUUCAACAGCAUCAAAAGACUCUUUCUCAGCAGCCACUGCACAGGAGAAAAGACUAAUCCUUGAUCCAGACACUGCUAUAGAGAGGCUUUAUCACCUCCAGCAGACGGUGGAGACAGCUGUCAAUAACCUCAUGGCCUUCAUUACAGCAGACUGGCGGUCUUAUGGCUAUAUGGAGAAGCACAUCAAUGAAAUUCACACUGCUGUGGAUAAAGUAGAGCAGUCCCUGUUGGAGUACCUCCAGUUUGCAAAAGGAUCAGCAGCCAAUGCUUCCUGCCUGCCUGAGGUCAGCCUCCUGAACAAAAUGAGGAGAGAGGUGCAAAGGCUGGAGGACUCUCACCAAAUUCUUACCCAAACCAGUCACGACUUGAACAGCUACAACUGGUCUUUGAAUGUUCUAGCUGUCAACAGGCUGCAGAACAAAUGUGAUGACCUGGAUCGGUUUGUAAUGGUGGCAAGGACAGUCCCAGACGAUGCCAAGCAGCUGACCACCACCAUCAGUGUCAACGCAGAGGUGCUCUUCAAACCGGUGUCGAGCACCUCACGUUUCAAAACCUUACCAGAGAACAUCAUGAACGCUCCUGACUAUGUGUAUGACAAUCCUCAUAUGCAGUGUCACGGAGAGAAAGCACAGAACCACUGCAGUCCCCUUCCUCCCCUCCUAAGCAAAGCUCAGCCCCCCCACAAUGCCACCAGCGACAGCUCAGAGAAGAGCUGGAUGGAUGACUACGAUUACGUUCACCUGCAGGGGAAAGAAGAGUUUGAAAGGCAACAGAAGGAGCUGCUGGAAAAAGAAAAUAUCAUCAAACAGAGCAAACUGGAGCUGGAGCACCAUCAGAUCAAUCAGUUUCAACGUCUGGAGCAAGAAAUCACAAAGCCAGUGGAGAAUGACAUCUCAAAGUGGAAGCCAGCUCAAGCUCUCCAGACUGCCAACAGCACCGCCACCUCCCGUGACAGCCAGCUGCUCCUGUUCUACUCUGACCAAUGCGAGACUCACUUCAACUCCCUCCUAAACGCCAUCGAUGCCUUCUUCAGUUGCGUCAAUGCCUCCCAGCCCCCCCGAAUCUUCGUGGCUCACAGCAAAUUUGUCAUUCUGAGCGCUCACAAACUUGUGUUCAUUGGAGACAUGCUCACCAGGCAAGUGAUGACUCAGGACAUUCGCAACAAAGUGAUGAACUCCAGCAACCAGCUGUGCGAGCAGCUGAAGAGCAUCGUUCUGGCUACCAAGAUGGCUGCCUUGCAGUACCCCAACACUGCAGCCCUGCAGAAGAUGGUGGACCGAGUAACAGAGCUGUCUCACCAUGCACAGUUGUUCAAACUCUCGCUGGUCCAAAUGGCCUCCUUAUGA